GUCUACAAUUUGGCGUAUGAAAACUAACGAGGAAAAAGUAACGAAAGACGAGAAAAAAGGAAGUGUAGAUAGCAUUGUUUGUGCUUUCCUUUUUUCCAUUGUUUUUGUAGUGUACAUUGUAACUUGGAGUCUAGAAUUUAGAUCGAGACUAGCCUAAUUUGCAUACUAUCAUAAUUUUAAAUAAGUCAUUAAAAUGCCCGCAUCUAAAGCGAAAGAAGCCAAACUGGAAACAAAUGAAAAUAGUUUAGAUGUCAGCGUAACCCAAACCGCACUUGAGGAUAUUGACGCUUGUCAGACAGACAUCGACACGCUGAAUGAAAAAGCAAGUGAAGAAAUCCUCAGCGUCGAACAAAAGUAUAACAAACUGAGAAGGCCACACUACAGCAAAAGAAAUGAAAUGAUUCAGAAGAUACCAAAUUUCUGGUGGACUGCAUUCACCAAUCAUCCACAAAUAUCAGCCAUCUUGACCAAUGAAGAAGUAGACUGUAUCCAGAGCUUAACAAAUGUGGAUGUUGAGGAGUUUGAAGAUAUAAAGUCGGGCUACAAAGUAACAUUUACAUUUAAACAAAACCCAUAUUUCACUAAUGAGAAACUUGUCAAGGAGUUUCACCUAGCCAGUUCAGGGGAACCACAGUCUAAAUCAACUGAAAUUCAAUGGAAAGAAGGGAAAGAUCUUACUAAGGGAAGUGCAUCUGAAACCAAUGGGCGCAAAAGAAAGAUUGAGCCAGCUCUGAGUUUUUUCACUUGGUUUACUAACAAUACAGAUCCUAAUGCUGAUGAGAUAGCCGAGGUGAUUAAAGAUGACAUGUGGCCCAACCCCUUACAGUAUUACUUAGCCUCUGAAGGUGGAGCAAGCAGUGAUCAUGGAGAGAGUGAUGAAGAAGAUGAGGAUGAUGAAGAGGAUGAUGAACAAGAUGGAUCAGCUGUUGUUAUUGGAGAUGAGAGUGAGGAGGAUCAAGAAGUCUACGUUGAUGAAAAAGAUGAUGAUGAUGAUCCAGAAGGAGAGGAAGAAGAUGAAGAGGAGGAUGGAGAAUAAGCAUGCUUUGAGAAUGUUUGAUCUGUAUGGAGAUUCUGGUGUAGCUACUGUUGUUGUGUAUGUACAUUUGAGGCUGAGGCUGUAACACAUUGACUGUGUAUGUCUACAAUGUUGGGAAGAAUUUUUAAUGAUCAAGUCAGGCAGCAGAAAGUGUUUGAAUUGUACGAACACGCAAAUGAAAUUUGUAAAAGCACUUGUCAAUGUUUAAGAAACCAUUGGUAUUAUUUUUAUUUUGAAUUCAUUUCAUCUUUAUAUUUUGAUCAUCUUUGUAUUUUUAUAGCUAAACCAUUGUGUCUCAAGUGGUGUGUUUAUAGACAAAGUGCUUUGUUGUUGGCUUUAUUAUUUUUUUUUUAAAUAUCAACAUGUCAUUGGUAGAAAUAUGAAUAAAACAAAAAAUAAAAACCCAGCUAAACCUA